AUAUAUAUAUAUAUAUAUAUAUAAGAAUCAGGAACUAUAUAUAUAAGAAGUCCCUGAUUCUGGAAGCUUGAGGAAACUUUAGGGGGAAAGGAUUGUGAGGCCUUAACAUUAGUAUGAUUAUAAGGAAACAUGAUUGAAUAUUGAACAAAUAUGACCUCGAUGCCUCGUUGCAACACGAUUUGAUGUUGAUUAAGGCACUCUUUAUAAUUUAUCUGUAUGUCGUAAACUUGACAAAUAUGCCAACUUUAUGGAAUAAGUAAAAUGGUUAAAUUUACUAAACUUUCCUGCUUGAUAUAACUUUCCCAUUGCAGAGGAUCAUUGGCACAAAACAUGUACAUACAAAGCCUGGCCUUGACUUCAGCAACAUUCGCUUCAGCAACCACUAAUCUCAUCCCUGUCAUUACCUUCGUAUUGGCCAUCAGCUUCAGGUUGGAGAGGCUGGGAUGGGCAACACCAGCAGGAAAAGCAAAGGUGUUAGGAACAUUAAUGGGCAUUGGUGGAGCAAUGCUCCUCACUUUUUACAAAGGGGUGGACAUUAACAUCUGGAAAACUCACGUUGACCUUUUACACAAUAGUCAACAUCAUGGUGGACACGUGGCAGAAACCCACCACCGCGUGUUGGGUUCUCUAUUGGCUUUAGGCAGUUGUAUCUGCUAUGCUUUAUGGUUAAUUCUUCAGGCGAAGAUGUCUGAGCAGUAUCCAUGUCCUUACUCGAGCACGGCUCUAAUGUCAUUGAUGGGAUCGAUCCAAGGGGUGGUUUUUGCUCUUUGCACAGAGAGGGAUUGGGGCAAGUGGAAGCUGGGAUGGAACAUCCGACUCCUAACAGUAGCUUAUUCGGGCAUUUUGGGUUCUGGAUUAAUGUUCACUUUCAUUGCAUGGUGUGUGCGCAUGAGAGGUCCACUGUUUGUGUCGAUUUUCAAUCCUAUGAUGCUGGUACUUGUGGCAAUUGCUGGAUCUUUAGUACUGGACGAAAAGUUACACUUGGGAAGUGUUCUAGGAGCUAUUUUAAUCGUGUGUGGAUUAUACGUGGUGUUAUGGGGAAAGAGAAAGGAGAUGAAGAGGAUCUCUCAGUUGAUGCCAGAGAUCAUGAACAGCUCAACUGCUGGGGAUUCCGAGACAAUCCAUAUUGCCAUCACCUCUUCUACAUCACAAAAUAACAGUAACAGCAGUGAUAGAAGAAGCAACACAAUGGGAGUCUCUCAGAACAGCAAUCUAAAAGCAGAUAAUGAUGAAGCAGGUUUAUAACCUCCACACAUGCUCUAGCAAGAAGCUUGAGGGCUAGCCCUUGUAAUUGCCUGGAAGUAUAAGGGCAGUUUUGGUAGGAUUGUAGAGGGCAGACCUUUGUUUUUGUCAU